CCGUAAACAAAGGGAUUAUUUUCGACAACAGAGUAUUUUGGAUAAGCUGAUCAGAGCAAUCGUGGAAGAUAAAUUAAAGAUUUGAGUUGUCCCAUCGCAUCGUACCGUUAAUUUCCUUUCCUCAGGCGAACAAUGGAGGCUCCAGAAGUGCAUAUCGACGUCAGUGGCAACAUGGAACCAGCUAAACAAGAGCCAAAACUGGCUUUCAACUUUUCCUCAUUUACUAAUAUCUCCACGCGUAUUCCCGGAUUUUGGGAACUGUUGCGUCUCAGCCGGCAAAAUAUUCGACCGUGGUCUGAGUUUCUCCAGACUUCGAACUUCAAAACCGUCGCAAAUGUCUCUAGAUUGACGAAUCGCAUCAUUCGGAACUUGGCCUACUUUCAAAGCAACUAUCUCUUCGUGUUUCUUGGGCUGAUUGUUUACUGUCUAUUAACUUCACCGCUCAUACUGAUAGUCCUGGGAGCAGUUAUGUACGCUUGCUAUAAGAUCAAGCAAAACGCCACUCCGAUGGCCUUUUUUAGCCGCCAACUGAACACAAAUCAACAAUGUGCGGCCGUGAGCGUUGCGGCUGUUCCCAUACUUUACCUAGCCGGAGCAGGUGCGGUUAUGUUCUGGGUGCUUGGUGCCUCAUUUUUUGUGAUAUCUCUUCAUGCUGCCUUCUACAACAUUGACGCGAUCGUAACAGAAGAUAUGGAAUCUUUCCUAUCCGAAACGGUGUGAGCAACGGAUCAUUAGACCUAAAGGAAGCGAUUGUUUAACAUCAUCUCUUUGCAUGAAAAGCUUGAUUGGUAAAAUGAUUAAAUCACUUGCUCAUAGCGUUGUAAUUCGAAACAUCUACAACAUCAAUUAACGAACGACUAGUUAAACUAUGCGAUAGAAUGUAUUUUCAUAAUAUCCUUGUAUUCUAACAAGCCAGUGAAGUUUGCUGGCACAAAAUAAAAAAAAAUGUAAUAAGUUUUUAACCAAAGAAUUACAUGUGCUGAUGAUGAAACACGAAACAGGCAUAUUGGCAGAAAAUAGUAGUCGAAAUUCGCAUCCGAAUGGAAGUGUGCAGUGAACGUGAACAAACUCUUUCUUUAUUUCUGAAGUGUUUUGCUCUAUAUUUCAAAACAACUGUGGAAAAACGCAAAAGAGUAACAAUCAAUAAAACCAUACGUUACAGAGGCCCGUAGCCAUC